UCGGCACAGCAAGAGCUCGAGACCGACAGGACGAGACUCGCAGCUAGCUGACACGGCCGAGAAGCAGCUUGCAUUGCAGGCGUAGUACGUACCCAGCAGCAGCUAGCACUAGCAGUCCAUCGGAGCGACGAUGGUGAGAAGGACGGUGCUGGCGGCGCUGCUGGUGGCCGCCGCCCUCGCCGGCGGCGCGCGGGCGCAGCUCAAGGAGGGGUUCUACGACUACUCCUGCCCACAGGCGGAGAAGAUCGUCAAGGACUACGUGAAGGCGCACAUCCCCCACGCGCCCGACGUCGCCUCCACCCUGCUCCGCACCCACUUCCACGACUGCUUCGUCAGGGGCUGCGACGCGUCAGUGCUGCUCAACGCGACGGGCGGCAGCGAGGCGGAGAAGGACGCGGCGCCCAACCUGACGCUGCGCGGCUUCGGCUUCAUCGACCGCAUCAAGGCGCUGCUCGAGAAGGAGUGCCCCGGCGUGGUGUCCUGCGCCGACAUCGUCGCGCUCGCCGCCCGCGACUCCGUCGGCGUCAUCGUCAGUGCUCCUGAUCGAGUCCCCCCCCCACCCCAUGCAUCUGCGCUUCCUAAGCCGGCAAAACCUAUAUAUAAACCGGUCGAACGCGCAUGCAUGCAGGGCGGUCCGUUCUGGAGCGUGCCGACGGGGAGGCGCGACGGCACCGUGUCCAUCAAGCAGGAGGCGCUGGACCAGAUCCCCGCGCCCACCAUGAACUUCACCCAACUCCUCCAGUCCUUCCAGAACAAGAGCCUCAACCUCGCCGACCUCGUCUGGCUCUCAGGGGCUCACACGAUCGGCAUCUCCCAAUGCAACUCCUUCAGCGAGCGCCUGUACAACUUCACGGGGCGCGGCGGGCCCGACGACGCGGACCCGUCGCUGGACCCGCUGUACGCCGCGAAGUUGCGGCUCAAGUGCAAGACGCUGACGGACAACACGACGAUCGUGGAGAUGGACCCCGGCAGCUUCCGCACCUUCGACCUGAGCUACUACCGCGGCGUGCUCAAGCGGCGGGGCCUGUUCCAGUCCGACGCCGCGCUCAUCACCGACGCCGCCUCCAAGGCCGACAUCCUCAGCGUGAUCAACGCGCCGCCCGAGGUGUUCUUCCAGGUCUUCGCGGGCUCCAUGGUCAAGAUGGGCGCCAUCGAGGUCAAGACCGGCUCCGAGGGCGAGAUCAGGAAGCACUGCGCCCUCGUCAACAAGCACUAGGCGGCGGAAUUCAUGCGGGAGAUGGCUCCAUUGCUCGCAAAAAAUCCUUGUGAGACACACAACAUGCUCUGCAUCUGCAGGCGUUGUCGUCACCUUGGUGGACGUAGUACAUCGGUGCAUGGAUUAUCUGUUGUUUAAUUUGUACGUUCAGUUCAUUCUGUUUCUUGUAUUCUUUUGGUUCCUUUCCUCUUGUUUAUUCAUGGAUGAUGAGGUGUUUCUGUUUUAUUCUCUGGUUCAGCUGUAACCAUGUAACAUGUAAGGUGCGCGUUUUGUCCUCGUGAUCUCUGCAACUGUAUUUAUUUUAAUGGAUGGUAUACAUGGAGAUAUGAUCAUGAUAAUAACAAUAAGGUGAUUACAAUCA